AUGGCUGAAGAGCGUUAUGCCCUCGUGUUUUGGAUUGAGGAUAAACAAUAUAGUGUGGUUGAACGCAAAGAUAUUAUUGGAGAAGUAGAAAUAAAUAAAACUCUACCGGUAGCUUGGCGGACAAAGAAAAAAGGGUCUGUACAUGUUGUCAGAAACUGGUACGAAGCAACCAUAUUGAAAUUCUCGGGUAAGUCUGAUUGAUUUUCAUUAACUGUGAGGGUUAUAUUUGAUCGCAAUCUAAGACAAUCAACUUUGCAUGAAUUCUGUUUGCCUCUGCAUGAAUUCUGUUUGAUAUCAUUUCACAUAGUCAUAGCUUAAUAUCGAUCGAGGCUUAAUGUACUAAAUAGACUUAUAUUUUUGUUUUGUGGUUUAGAAGUCUUAUUUUGAUUUUGUAUACCCUUUAAGAGGUACCGUUUGGUGCAGAACACAUUUUUAUCUAUUUAUCUCGUCCAUUAACAAGUUUAUCGGCAAAACGCCAGGUUUCCCAUCGGUGUCAAGCGGGUGGUGCUAUUAAUGACCAGAAGGCAUGAAACUGGCUUAGUUAUUGCUCUUAGCGCUUCAAAUUCAUAUGCAGUGUCAAUAAUAUUGCACAGAAAAGCUAAACGACGACUAUUACAAUUCCAUGUCCAUGAGACAUCAGACUCGGCAUACCAAAUAUAGAGCAUUUUGGCUUGCCAUAACUGGGUUCGCCACAUUUGAACUAGCUAGGCUUUAAUACUUUGAAAUCACUAACAGUACAAUACUCAACAGGGUAACAUGAUGUUUUAAUUUAUUGAAGUGACAAAUUAGGAUAGCCCUCUGGGGAUGGCGUUUGAUUCUUGAGUGAGUUUAGUACAUAUUCAAAAUUGAUAUAACUCGUCUUUUUCUAAUUAACACAUUCGAAAAUUAAAAUUAGAUACAUCUAAUAAAUAAGCCACAUACAAUUAAGGCUUAGCUAAAUGAGUUGGAAUUGUAGCAAUAAGCAAAACUCAGUUAAAUAAUAUCUGUAUAAGAAUUUCGUUUAAUUGUCGCAUUAAUUAAAUUUGGGUCAUAUUAGUAACAGUUGCACGUCUUUGAAUAUCGCAAUUGUAUAAUUAUCUCCUGAACUAGCUUCCUAUACUGUGCAACAUGCAUAUAUAGCCACGUAAUACUUAUUAUAAAUCAUGCAAUUUUCUUUUUAAGAUAAUGAAGAAAAUUUGCAGUUGCUCUGUUGUCAAUAUGCCGAAAAGCGGGAAGCUGAAUUGAAUAACGUUGAUGGAAGGAAGCAAAAACGUAAAAAAAGUGCAAAAUUAAGAGAGCAACAUGAUGAUUUUGGAACAGAAGAAGAUUGUGAGGAAGUUAUGCCUGUUAUAGAAAAGAAGAGUAAAACAAAAAGAAAAGAAGCAUCGGAUAGAAGCAUGAUCAUGGCCAAAGGUAAGGGGAAAAAAGGAAGCCACUGA